AUGCUGGUAGCAGAGACUGUGGUGAGCAAGCAGUGGGAGAUGAGGCUGCAGAAAAAAGCGGACCGUGCAAGGCUAGGCUCUCCUCAGGACGCAGGACUAAUUCCAAGUGUCCAAUUCACAGAGUUCUUGGAAGUGGAGAACCAGGAUGACUACUACAGCAUGGACGCUGGUUACGUCCACACCCAGGACCAGCAAGGAGUGUAUGUCAUGUAUGAUGAAGCCUUGAAUGAUCUGAAGGAACUAGAGACAGAACUGCUGCUUGUGGCCAGCCAUUACACUGAGAAAGAAAAAGGUCACAAAGAGGGCAGCGAGUCAAAUAUUGACCAGGACUGGGGAUGGGCCCAUGCAGGUAUGGACAGAUUCGCUGUGCUGUAUGACACGUGGACUUGGGAAGCACCUCUUCUAGAAAACAAGCACCAACUUCUUGGCAAUUACUCUGAAGCCUACCAGCAUGCGUUGGACCCAGAGAGGUUUGCCUUAGCACAAGUGAUCACUGACGUCAUACACAGGUGCCCAAGGUUUGAUCUCAGCUACCCUUGCUUCAUUAAGGCCUACUGAGAGGAAUGCACCUGCCUGAGGCUUCAUCUGCAGUUGGUGAGGGGCAUCCUCACUCCCAGUCCAGAAUCUGAGUUUUCUAGGGCAGCACGUACACGAUGUUUAUUUAUAGAGUGUCAGUGGGAGUAUGUCCAGAGGCUUUGGCGUGAAGACCAUCCAGAUGCUAGCAAUACAUUUGGACUUCUCCUUAACAUAAUUUUCAAAUAACUCAUUUCCAUCAACAAUAGCUGCCCAGCUUUGACAAACGUUUACCUGCUGGAGUUCCACCCUUCCCUGGGCCUGCCUUUGUGCAUCCCCAGAGCCCUUGAGCACCUCCUCAGGGAGGCCUGCCACACCUGCAGGCCCACAUCAGCCAGUGCCCUCACCUUGCUAGAGAGACGCAUGCUGCGGCUGACCCUGGAUGUGUGGCUCACUCCAGCCAAGCCCAAGUCCUGGUACAGCGCACAGCUCCAGAAAGACCUGUUUUCAGCUAAAGUGAUGGGCGAUCCCUUCCUCGUGGGGGAAAUAGGCCUGCUUGCAUUCAAGUCUGCAGCAGACGAAGGACAGAACCAAGGCCAAGAUUCUCAUAUGCUGCUCGUACAGACAUUUUCCAAACUUGUGGAACUCUUGACCCUCCGGCAUAGGCUGAUAGAGAUGAGUCUGGAGAGUGUACACUUAGCACGGUCAUCUUAUGAGGACUUGGCGUGUGAGAUGGGUUUUGAAGAGUUCCAUUUGUAUCUGAGGCCUGUUCAAUUUGAAUUUGCAUCACACGAAGACAAGGUGGUCCAUCCACCUCCUGUCUUUAUGAUCUCUCUGCUGGAGGACAGUGACCGCGUAGAUAGCUCUUGUUCCAUCCGGGAGUGGAAAAUAUGCAAGUGACCCUUGCAUGCCAAGCUACUCAGAAAAAUGCUUUAAUGGUGGCUGUCCAGCAGGCGUCCUUCUAUCACACUCCCUGAGGGGCCGUCAUGCUGAUGUCAAGGAAAUAAGUUUCUCAGGUCCGAGAAAUCAUAGUGGAAUGGGUCCAACCAGAAGAAGAAAUUCCAGAAUUGUGAAUGGCAUAGAAAGCAUGCUGUUAGCCGCAACUCCAAAAGUCCCAGACACACUUAUUCAUCCUUCAGAAAGAUUCCAGGCUACCAAAAGGGCUCUGGAAGCUUUCGUGUCUAUUCAACUAGAAAAGGUGGGGCUGCGGGACAUGAUGCUGAACGCCUUCCUCCU